AUGGCGUCUUGUGGCUUAUUCUCUGCCGACGAGCCGCCACCCGAUGUGAAGACGGAGGAGGCUUUCGUGACCCUGGCCACCAACGACGUGUACGCGUUCGGAGCCUUGGUGCUUGGCUACUCGCUUCGCGACGUGCACACCUCCAGGAAGUUGGUUGUGCUUGUCACCAGGGACGUGGGCGUUGUCAUGAAGCACCUCCUCUCCCAGGUCUUCGACGACAUCCAGCAGGUCACGCUGCUCUGCGGCAAGGACCCACUGGGCUGCCCCGAUCGCCAUCGCGACAACGUGCGCGCCUCGUUCACCAAACUGCACUGCUGGCGCCUGGCGAACCUCUCCAAGGGUGUUUUCCUGGACGCCGACACCCUGGUGUUGGCCAACUGUGACGAGCUAUUCCAGUGGCGCGAGUUCUCGGCGGCGCCGCUCCGUGGCUGGCCGGAUCUCUUCGACACCGGUGUAUUCGUGUUCCAGCCCUCGGCCAAGACUCACGGCCUCGUCAUGAAGUUCGCCAGGGACACGGCGUCCUUCGACGGCGUCGACCGGGGCAUCCUGAACGACCUUUUCGGCAGGGAGUGGAAGGCGGACCUGCAGCUGCAGCUGCCUUUCACCUACAACCUCCAGGCGACGUCGGGCAGUCAGUUCUUCGACAAGGCGUUCCUGCACUACGGCGCUUGCAACGCCAAGAUAGUGCAUUUCUGGGGUUCCCACAAGCCGUGGACGCAGGUCUACGACUGGACCACCAACUUGGUGCACACUAAGCGAGGCUGCCCACACCGAAUCGAACACCUACAGAAAUGGUGGGACGUGUUCACGAGCCGUGUGCAGCCAAGGCUGGCCCGUCACCCUUGCGGGGACGGCUCCCAGAAGCCAGGCCUGGUGUGCCGCGAUGAGAUCUGCCGUUCUCGCGGGCUAAGCUUCUCCUCGGACGACACUUCGAGCACCUCCCAGGCGACCGGUAGGAAGUCUCCCGUCGACUCCCAGCUGCGACACGAGAGCGUGGACAAGCUGCUCUCCAUCCUGGGCGACACCUCGGUGGCGAACAUCUUUGCGGGCGCCUCCAAGAAAGAGGCGAACGAGUCCGAGGACCGGUUUGAGGCCUGGGAGCGCGGCGAGAUUGACUACAUGGGCGCGGACGCCUUUGAGAACAUCCAGGCUAAGCUGGACGAGGCCAUCAAGGCAUCCGAUGCGUCCAUGGACUCAAGUUCUCGUCACCAUCCGUCGCUUUCUGAGACCGACUUUUGCGAGAUCUUUGGAAGGUCCUAA